AUGGACACACAAUGCUGGGCUGGCCAGCUGCAGUCACACAAAUCAGAUGAUUUGUUCCAGGGGUGCUCCCGAGGUCGCAGGGCAGUGUUCUCCUGCAGGAAGUCCCCCAAUUUCCCAAUCAGCAAGUCCUCCCAGUCUGGAAAAGAACAGCUGGAGGACACAAACAAGAAAGAGCAAAGGCCCAAAAAGCCUGGGAAGUACGUCUGUCAUUACUGUGGGAGGGCAUGUGCUAAACCCAGCGUGCUUAAAAAGCACAUUCGGUCACAUACCGGUGAGCGCCCUUACCCAUGUGUUCCUUGUGGCUUUUCUUUUAAAACUAAGAGCAAUCUAUACAAACACAGAAAAUCUCAUGCCCAUACUAUCAAAGCAGGGUUGGUACCAUUUUCUGAAUUAGCAUCCACACAUGCCAGCACAGAUCAGACAUCCCCACUGGGAGAAAGGGAGGAGCAUUCAGAUGGAGAGCAGAGCACAGAUACUGAUGAAGACACAGGUGAAGUGUUGACAUUUGUUGGGAAAAGGAGCCCCCUGCCCAAUAUGCCCCUUGAAGCUGUCAGAAGCACAACAGGGAAAGAUGUCAGUGAGAGGGCAGAGUUUGGUGAAGAGAGAGCCAGGGACGGAGCAAAUGUGCCUCUAUUAAUCAUCCCAAAACAGGGGAUUCUGGUGCCAGGUGUGCAGUGUCCCAAGCUGACUUUAAUUCAGGCAUCUCCAGUCAGUUCCCAAGGAGCUGGAGAGGAAUGCCAUACUGUCAAACAGCGGCUUGCUCUCAGACUACAUGAAAAGAAAGGGCAGGACUCAUCCUCAGAAUCAUCCUUCAACCUCCUGAGCCCCCACAGCAAAGGCAGCACAGACUCUGGUUACUUUUCCCGCUCUGAAAGUGCUGAGCAGCAAGUCAGUCCGCCAAUCACAAAUGCAAAAUCCUAUGAGGAAAUCAUGUUUGGAAAGUAUUACAGACCUAGCCCCAGGCCUAGGCAGUCCAUUACAGUGAGCAUGGCAACAGCAGUCCACAAAGACACUAAUGCAGCUGAAAUGACUGGAAAACUAGGCGUCAUGCAGAAACUAGACAUGGGUGAUAUUUCUGAUGAUCACAUAUCCCACCAUUACACAAAUGACAAAAACAUAGACUCUGCAAACCUACAUGCUAACAUAUUUGUAAGAGGAAACCUUAUAGGGACACAAAGGAUAGAAGUCAACACUGUUCUCCUCAAGGAACCCUCUGAUACAGGGUCACUAAUAAGGAGCAACUCAAUGCCAACGUCCUCCACAGCUAAUCUUGACAUUCCACCAGGUUUGCAAGGGAGUCACUCCUUUGAUGAGAGGAUGAAGGAUGAAGUUUUUCAUCCAGGUUCUGGAGGUCAGAGGAGGCUGAGAAGACAAGCUGCUUUCGAACUCUCCACCUAUGAAGGGCAUGCAGAAUCUGACACUCAGGGAACCAUCUUCAAAACCAGUGUUCUUCUAUCUGAUGCAACAAAACUAGAGGAACAUAGUCCUUUUGUGCCAGAAUUGAAAGCCUAUAAUUCAUACAGCACUAAAAUCGGAAUGGAGGGUCACCCUGAAUUUAAGCUACAGCUGAUGCAUCAAAGACAGGCUAUGGAAAGUGCCACCAGAAAACGCAGGAAGGAAAAGAGCGUUGGGGAUGAGGAUGACAGCCCCAGUCAUCGCAGCAGUGACUACAGCAGCUCAAUUGAAAUGCUGGGAUCCUCCGGGGACUAUGAUUCAAAGCUACUGAAUCAAGACCCAUUAAGGGCUACACUUACCAGGAAAGGACACCUCCAAAGUGUAUACAACCAACUAGACAGUAUUGACAUUGGCACCAGAAUGUCUUUGGAAGACAGGCUGUUCGUUCAAGAUCCUGACCGAAAGGACACAGGUAACGUCAUCUCUGUUAUCCAGCACACGAACUCUUUGAGCAGGCCUAGCUCUUUUGAGAAGUCAGAUUCUGUUGACUAUUUAAGAUACCAGCAAUGUAAGCCAUCUAAUUCCUAUUGUGAGCAAUCUGACUCAAAAAACACAGAAGAAGUGCAGAGCAUCGGUUCAAUUUUAUGGUCUGAAAGCAUGGAGCAGCAGCAAAGUGAUAGCAAAACGGUUCACACUCCACACAGACUGGUCCGUCAAUCCAACAUCCAAGUACCAGAAAUCAGAGUGACUGAGGAGCCUAACAAACCACAAAACAGCCCAGACGUACAUGCUAAAGAGCCUGAAAAGCAUGUGGAGGAGUUCCAGUGGCCACAGAGAAGUGAGACACUCUCUCAGCUUCCCACAGAGAAGCUGCCCCCGAAAAAGAAGCGUCUACGGCUGGCUGAAAUUGAGCACUCCUCUGGGGAAUCUAGUUUUGAGUCAACCUGCAACAGCCUCUCCAGGAGCCCCAGCCAAGAGAGUAAUCUAUCUCACACUUCAAGCCUCUCUGUGUCAUUGGACAGGGAAGAAAGCAUAAAGUCAGUUUUCCCACUGAAGCUGGAUGACCUUGGCAAGCAAUCUGAGUUCCUAACUGUGCCAGGACUGACUCAUGAGAGAGUGAUGAGGCGCUCCUCCUCAGAGCAAGUGCCUUGCACUUUGCCGACAGAGAUCCUAGAGAUCCAGAGCAAGUCAUUUGACUAUGGAAGUCUUUCGUCCUCAUCUAGGCAGGGUGAAAUAUAUACAUGUGCUUCAUCUAAGACGGAGCAGAGACUGGGAUUCCUGGUAAGACAGGCAGCCUUGAGUGUACACCAUGAAAAUACUGUGCAAGAUAAAGACUUGGAUCCUAAGCAAGAGCAAUCUGAACAAAUGCUCAUUAGUCUACAUCAAACACAUCCUGAUUGGAGUGCUCCCUUGACUUUGCUUGGUACAGAUUGUAAUGUAGUGGUCGGUGAUGUAAGAAGACACAAGAUAAACAUUCAGCCAGUCCUCAGUUUACAUACCCACCCAUUGCAUCUUAGCAACAACGAGGACAACCAAUCAGAGGGUAAUUUGUUAGUCCAAAAAUUGUCAUACUCCCCUGGUGCACAGCCGUCUGGAACAGACCAGUCAACACAUGAAACCUCCAGCAGAGAGGUAGCAUGGUACUCUUCCCUUCACAGCAGCAUUGAACAACCACAGUUCUUGCCAUUUCAGCCAAGUAUCUUCUGGCGCCAAGAGUCGACACACAGACACAAGCAGCAUACUCCUCUCCACACACAGCAGCUGCAGGAACAGGAAAUCAAGCAUUCUGGCCUGCAGCAGUCCCACCAGAAAUCUUUCCAUUCAGCUCUGCUGCCUCAGAUUCUGGAGCAAGUGGAUUCCAAAACUGUCAGCUUUGGGUCUGGCCAGAGGUACCUGUACACCCCAGAAACCUCUCCCUACCAGCUUAGUGAUCAAUCAAGAGCAUUCUCCAUGAGUCCACUUCUGGCGCCACUGAGUCAGCCAUCGCUGCCUGGCACAGUGGUCCCUGUUAGAGUUCAGACUGAUGUACCAUCCUUUGGUAGCAUGAUGUAUACUAGUGUUUCACAGAUGUUAGUCACACUUGUCCAGGGUGGAAUGGGUUCCAGUAUGGUCAUGUGCAAUGUAUCAGAUGUCUUUCAAAAUGCACUCAACAAGCCUGGAAUAAGUCUGUCUCGGAUAUUAGCUGAGCCCGAAGGGCCUUCACACUCAGAACCCAUGCCAGUCCUGAUUAACACAGGAAUCCCUCUGUCUUUGACAUGUGGAACUAUCUCAACCACAGAUGCCAUGAGCAUGGGGGGCAACAAGCGCAUGUCACCUGCAAGCAGCUUGGAGUUCUUCACAGAGAUCAAGCAGCAGAAAAGAGUGAAGGAGGAAAGAAUGUACGGUCAGAUUGUAGAGGAAAUGAGUGCCGUGGAGCUUAGCAAUUCUGGUGCUGCAAAUGAUUGUGUUGAGUCACAGAAACCAUGCCCUCAAAAGGAUGACAUGUCAAAGUUAUCUUCCCUUUAUACUAAAGAGGCAUGUAGGAGUCGUUCCAUCGCACCGCCUCGGCCAAUGCUUCUGGACAGUACUGAAGGUAGGGAGUCUCCAGAGAAGCUGGAGGUGGAUGAACAAACCUGCGAAGAGGGUCAGGCCUCAACACUCUCCACAAAUAUUGCGGAAGAGGUCAUCCCAGUGAAUAAUGACAAGACACCAGAGACAAUGCAAGUGGAACGUCCUGCUAGUGAGGGCACUGCUGCUGUUGGGGGAAGUGUUUUGCUUACCAACAUUCAACAGGCCUCCCAGUUCAUGAGCCUUCGCACAUCUACAAGUGUGAGCUGGUGCUUCCUGAAUUACACCAAGCCGAACGCUCAGACAACCUCUCUCUCUUCUGUCUAUGCCUCAUGGUCUGUGAGCUCUUAUAAUCCAAAUCCACCAAGUCUGAGCACUAAAGUAGCUCUAGCACUUUUGUGCUCCAGGCAGAAGAAGAACAUGGAAAUUUAUACAAUGGCUGCUAUGCAUCAACCUGGAAUGGGGAAACUUGUGUCAUCGUACUUAUGUAAGCAAGAAUCUGUUCAGGGGAAGCCAGAGUUUAUGCAGUUGGACAUCAUUAAGGUUGAGAAGAAAACAAGAGGGAUCAGUUGCCGGGAAAGAGUGAAGGAGGACCACAGAGAGAAAGAGGUCUCCCAAAAACGAAAUGGGCCAACCCGCAUCAAAAUUUUUGAAGGAGGGUACAAAUCAAAUGAGGACUACAUUUAUGUGAGAGGCCGUGGCAGGGGGAAGUACAUCUGUGAAGAGUGUGGGAUCCGCUGUAAGAAACCCAGCAUGCUGAAGAAGCACAUCCGCUCCCACUCCGACGUCAGGCCAUACAUCUGCAAGUUAUGCAAUUUCGCUUUCAAGACUAAAGGGAACUUGACGAAGCACAUGAAGUCCAAAGCCCACAUGAAGAAGUGCUUGGAGCUCGGAGUGCCAGUGACAUCUGUGGAGGAUGCAGAGGUGGAAGAGCCUGAAAAUGCAGACUAUGACCAGAAGGACUCUGGGAACACAGGCAUGUCGGGCAUUGUGGCUGAACACCAGUUCUCAGAUGCUGAUGACUCAGAAGGGGCAGAUGAUGAUGGGGACGAGAUUGAGGAGGAUGAUGAUGAUGAGGAUGAAUACGAGGGAGACUCCACCCCGAGGACCCGCUCCAGGAGUGCAAGCCCCUACCCCAACACAAUUGCAUCUCUCCCCACCUCCCAGGACCCUGAUACCGAAUACCCUGGCUCUGCCCCCAAGCCCCCUCUCUUUAGCUAUUUCCUCACCCUCCCCAGCGUCCAGAUCACACAGCUGGCAGGCAAUUCCUGCAUCUCUGAUGUCCAGGUGCACCUCCAGCCUGCCCUUUCAAAUAAAGAGCAUGGGAAAAACCUGGAUAUGCAAAGCUCCAUAGAGAACGAAAGUGGCUCCACCUCCUUCAACACCCCCCCUUCCCAAAUUGUGUCUCCAGGUUAUGGCUCCUGCCCCACCAGAGAGUCUUCCCCCACCUCCCAAAGGUACCUGUCCCUAAAGAGGGACCAGUCACCACAAGGAGGCCUGUCACCCCGUUGCGAACCACCCCCACUGCGCCACAUUGCACCCAAGAAGCGGGACCUCUCUCCAUUCGUCCACCUCUCGCCAGUACCCUCUGGCAGGCCGCUGUCCCCUGGGAGGGACAUCACCAGCAGGCAGGAACUGUCACCCAGGAGCUGCCUCAAGGGCAUGAUCCGGACUGUGUCCCCCAGACAGGGUACACACCACCACAACACUCCCUGGGAUCUGGGGCAGUACCUGCUGCCUGAAGCAGGGCAAGUGAGCCAGGAAAAGAAGAAGAGUGCAAUGCAGGGCGUGGAAGUGACAGGUAACCAGGAUUCCCCAGCAGUGUCCCAACAGGGGCUGUUCAGCCAUCUCCCCUUGCACUCCCAGCAGCAGGUGCGAAUGCCCCUCCCCAUGAUUCCCAUCGGUGGGAUCCAGGUUGUCCACUCUGCCACCGGCCCCGUCCAGCACAGGCGGUUACCCCUGCGGAAGUGCCAGUUGGAGGACAGCACCCAUAUCCCAGAGGCCGGGGCCAAUGCCGAGGUCACCGACGGAUCACCAAGGUCACAGGAAAAGCUCUUUUCUUCCCUGGCAGCUCCCGCAGCAGCUUGCAGCACAUGCGGCUCUCCCCAGGAGGAGGGGAUUGACAUGGGGGAGGACAGCAGGCAGGAGGAGAACAUUCAGACAUGCACCAGGGCCAUCGCAACUUUGAAGAUCGCUUCGGAGGAAGCGCUGGAGAACGCCACUGAGACUGUUGACCUUCAUCAUCCUCCUCUCGAUCAUUGUAAUCAGAAUCCCUCAGAGGCCAUGCAAAUCCAGAUUCAAAACAUUAGUGGCACAGAGUAAAACAGUUCUCAGGCAGACAUUUUGGCCACUCCACUGGAAUCUCUGGACUCUGAGAAGGACAAGCUUGGUACACUUGAAACUCUGUUAGACCAUAACACUUUCUCAUGUAAAAGUGCCAAUGACAGACAGUCAGGUCAACAGAGCCUCUGGGAGAUGCCAAAAAUUAAAAAGACGGGUAAAAAUGAUUCAGAAGAAACUAUGGAAUACAGGUGAACUGAACGAUUUAAGGGUUUGAGUCAAAACAUACACAGAUACAAAAACAUGUCUUUAAAUAGCAAAUUUACUAAAAUAGAUUAAAUCUAUUUAUAGCAUGCCUAUCAUUUUAGAUAGGCAAUUUUAGAAAAACCUCCCACCUCAUAGUCUCAGAUUUUAGUGAAAUUGACUAUAUUUGUUGAUUUUUAUGAAUUAUGAAAGACUGAAAAGUUUUUUCUGUGUCUACUUAGGUUCUGAGUUAUGCCUCUUUACAAAACAUAAAUAAUAGCAAAGAAUGCACAAUCGCAAUCACAAAACUUCACUCUUUGUACCUCCAAAAAUACAAACCCCAAUUUUGGAACUAUAAAUAUGCAAAGAAACACUCAUAACAUCAUAUUUUAGCAUUUUGGGGCUAAAUCUUUUCAAGUUUAGAGCCAACAGAAAUCUGAAGGCUGCUAAUACUCUAAAAAGGACAUUCUAAUCCGCAAGUGUAUUUUUUUUGUUGUUGUUAUUAUUUAUGUUUUUUAAAGGGGCAUAACUCAAAAAACUCAGGAUAAAACUUUUCAGUCUUUCAUAACUCGUAACUCGAGUUAAAUCUGAGAACAUAAGGUGCCAUUGCUUCACUUGGUGUGGAAUGACUCUUUUCCAGAAUCAUGUAAACUUAUAUACUGUAUGAGCCUGACCAAAAUUGAGGAUGGACAUUUCCUGUGUUUGUUGUUUGGUAUGGUACUUUUAAAUGAACAGACAUUUGUGCCUUUUUGUUACUUUUUGCUUAUAUUCAUAUAAGCAUACUAAGCAGGUCAAAGUGUAUACAUUAUGGAAUUUGUGUAUUGGCUUUGUAAUAAAUGUAAUUUCUCUGUAAUAUCAGCCGUCUGGAUGAUGUGAAGUAUUAAUACACACAAGGUUGCACUAAAAAAAUAUUUUUAUAUGAGUGAAGUUGAUUUGCGUGUAGAGCAACUGUUCUGUAAUAAAUAUUUAUUGUUACAUUUUUGUAAAUUUUACAUUUUUCUUAAUGUUGUGGAUGCCUUUUUGUAUGGAACACGUGGGUGUUCCCAAUAUGAAAAAAUGAAAUGUCUAUGCUUCUACAUAUACUUGUAUGUAUGCCUAAGUCUUAUUCACACUGGACUGAUUUUCCCCAAUCUCCAUGGUAUUUAUUGACCUUUUCCUCUCCUGGGUGAAUUCCACUCUUUUGCUGGAUAUGCCUGGGUUUUGCUUCUACAUAGCAAAAUUAGAAACUUGUUAAAAGUAACACCUUUUAUUUUUAGAAAUCAAAGCAAAUAUUUUAGUAAAGUAAUCAAAUAUUGAAUAUACUUAAUAUAUGGUAAUUAUAAGCUAUUAUAGUGUGUGAAAGAAUAUUAAAUUGAUGCUUAAAACAUAAAAACCUGUAAAUAUUGAAAGCUGCAACAAGAUAUCACCCUGACCUUUUUCCAGAGGAAUGCCCACAUAGGUAUGCUAAUGCAAGUGUGGAAGGUUACAGAGGUCAAAUUAUGUAAAAUACUGUGUGAACAUUAGUUAUGGGAAAAUAGUACUUUAGUGUUAUACACUGCAUACACUGCACUUGUGAUACGAUCAAUGCCUGUAUAUGGUCAUUUUCUUAUGAAUGCUUGAAAAUGAUGUAUCUUGUAUUUUUGUCAGAUUCACCUCAACUACCUGCUAGCUGCGGCUCAAAAUUGAGAAGGAAUAAACCAACAUUUUGGGAAAUAUACCUUUUUACCCAGACAAGAUGUUCAAUUUCAUUUUCAUGCAUUCACUGGUUCAGUUUCCUUGUUAGCAUAACAUGUUAGCUUAGCAUAAAGACUUGGAGCCUAUAGAAGUCAGUAGCCUACCUCCUUCAAAGUGAAGAAAUAGACCUUACAGCAACUCUGAAGCUGUCUUAUUUGCGCAAGGUAUCAUUUGUAUUUGAAAUACAUGUGUGGGAAAAAAAUUCAAAUUAAAAGAGAGAUGAAAGGUUGGAACUCUUUGAGAGGUUUCUCAAAAUGUUGGUGUAUUCCUUUAAAUGCGUGAGUGUUAAAGGUGUUUGGUUUUCUGUGAAUCACAUCACACAAUGAGCUUGGUUUACUGAUAUUAAAGGAAACAUUCCGGCUAAUGUAAAUCACCCUGUGAAUGAUUAUACACGCAACAUACUGUACGUAUGUGUGCAUGAAAAGUGCUUGUAGGCAAGCAGGCUGAUUACUCCCUCAUCAAGCACCAAUCAGUCUAAUAAAUAAGUCUAUGCAUGAAAGGGAGAGAGAUUUAAUUUACAUGAAAUGAGACCACCAGAGUAUACUAAAUUCAUAAAUGGUUCAAUUGAAAUUAAAACAUUUCAAACUUGUUUGGCCUUCACUCGACCACAAGUUAAUUGUUGUCAGAGCACACUCUCAAGUGCAUGUACAGUACUCUGAUGCAUGUGUGUAUAAUCAAUCAUUUUAUCUGGUUUAUCAAUCCAUUUUGUCACCUUUGCCUGGUAUUUGCUUCACUAUAUUAACUUGCUUUAAAAAUGUAAUAGUCUUGAAAAGGAAUAAAAGCACAAUGGUGGUUAGAAAUAAACAGAAGAGAAAAAAAUUGAAAUUUAAUGAAAAAUUCUAAAAAGGAAAAAGAAAGGAAAUAAAAAUAUGGGAUUAUUUAAAAAUGAACACAACUACAGUAAAUUACAUGCGACAGUGCAUUUGCUCAAUUACAUUAACGUAUCACUUACUAUGAUAAUUUUUACCUCUGGAAGGGAAAUAUCUCUGUUACAUUAUAUUUAUAUUUGACAAUAAGCACUAUUGUGAACAUAAAUAUAAAUAUUUUCUGUAUUUCACAGUUUGAUAUGUAAAUGUGGAUAAAACCCAGUCAUUACACUUUGCAAAUUCUUCUAUCAAUCAGGAGUUCCAUAUUGAUAUGUAUUUUUCUAUUUUCUGCCAAAAAAUUAACUUAUAAUACUGCUUUCUGUCUUUUUCAAGUUACACCUCCUUUGAUGCACAGGGCUCCUAUCAAAGUAUUAUCUUUGAUCAAUCCCAUGUUGCCAUGUUGUUUGAAGAAAUCAUUUUUCUGCCAAUUUCAUAUAAUUAUUGCACUCCUGGUUCCAUGUAUUGUAACAUAUACUUAUCUGUGACUUAAAACCAUCAGAAUGCUGACUGUAUGUGUUUGCUGCUAAGACCUUUCAAUAUACAGACUACUUUAUAAUCCAUACAGAAGAUGUAUGUUACAAAGAUAUGCUCUGACAUGACAUUACAUUUGUUCCUGUGUUCUGUGAAUUAAUGCUGUUUGGUGUUGCUUUCACUGGAGUUUAUGUUUGGGUUGCUAUUAUGAGAAUCUGCAGUCCUUCAUCCUGAAAUAUAAAUCUUUUUUAAUGUC